UGAGAUAAAAGCAAGGAGAAAGCAGCAGAGUGAGCUGCGGGAUUGACAAGAUCUUUUUGAUCCCUUUUUGUACGGGAAGUAGAAAAUUGUGAAAAACGGAAUGGAAGGAGGAGAUCAUUCCGAAGAACAAUCUGUUGAGGCUGAGGUUCAAGGGGAAGCCCCAGCACUCCAGAAUGUGAGUGGGUCAGCCACUCCAGCUCCUGCUCCAGCACCGCAGUUUCCUGCUCAAUUUAUGCAGCAGAUGGCUGCCUUCUUUCAGCAAAUGGCGGGUAAUGUGCCACCCCAAGCUCAAAUGCCAGUACCUGCAGCACAACCACAGCCCUCAGCUCGGCAGUAUGAAAAAUUGAUGAAAUUUGGGGCCACCGAGUUUAAAGGCACUGUGGAUCCACUGGAAGCAGAACAGUGGUUGGAAAGAAUGGAACGGGUUUUUAGAAAGCUGCAGUGUACAGAAGAAAUGAAGUUUGAGUAUUCUGUCUCCUUAUUACAAGGGGAUGCCUAUGAAUGGUGGAAGACCAUCCCCCACAGCCUGGUGGAGCCACCUGUGUUAACCUGGUCAGACUUCUUGAGGGAGUUCCGACAGAAAUGGGUUCCCGAUGCAUAUGUGGACAUGAAGUUGCAAGAAUUCUUGAGUUUGAAACAAGGGAACCGAACUGUAGCAGAAUAUGAGAGAGAUUUUUCAAGACUAAGCCACUAUGCUGGAAGCUUAGUCUCCACCCCCAGAGACAGAUGCAAGAGGUUUGAGGCUGGGCUAAGACAGAGUCUGAGAAUGCAAGUUGUGGGAUUCAGACAUCAGAAUUUUGCCGAAUUGAUCUCACAGGCCCUAGAACUAGAAAAGAUAGAAUCAGAAGGGGCAGUGAAGAAGGGUCCACAAGAGAAAACUGAAAAGACUACUGAACAAGCAUCUGGAAGUGGUUCUGGGAAGAGGAAACAGUUUGGGGGAUCUAGCUCCCGUAGAGGCCAAGGCAAAUUUUCUGGCCAAAGACCACCUCGGUCUGGUCAGUAG